GUUACCAUUAUUCCCGUGGUGCACUCGGGAAUUUCAAACAGACUUGAGCGCGAGAAGCAUUUGAAAGGCAUACUUUUUUGGUGAAGUUUCUAUUUUGAAAUAGAAAAUAUGGAUGAAGCUUGCCUUUUCAAAUCUCCUUGCCAGCCGGAAAGUAAAAAGAAACAAUUAGGUUCUUGGAAUGAGAAUCAUACUACUUUGGUCCUUCCUGCUUCUCCCUUCAUGAAGAAGCUAGGCUAUGGUACUGGAGUUAAUGUUUACCUCAUGAAAAGAUCCCCUACAGGUAAAUCAAAUUCUCCAUGGGCUGUGAAAAAGAUUAAUGCCAAGUGUAAUUUGAGGCAGCAAAGUGUUUAUCUGAAGCGACUUCAGGAAGAAGCCAAACGUCUGAAAGAUAUUGAGCAUCCAAAUAUUGUUGGAUACAGAGCUUUUGCCAAAUCAAAUGAUGGGACCCCAUGUCUGGCUAUGGAGUUUGGAGGAGAGAAGUCUCUGAAUGACCUGAUAGAAGAAAGGAAUGAAAAUGGCAAAGGACCUUUUCCUGCUUCUACCAUACUUAAAGUAGCUUUGCAUGUGGCUAAUGGAUUGAAGUAUCUGCACAAUGAAAAAAGAAUCUUGCAUGGAGACAUCAAAUCUUGCAAUAUUGUCAUUAAAGAAGAUUUUCAGACCAUUAAGAUUUGUGAUGUGGGCGUUUCACUCAAAUUAGAUGAGAACAUGCAAGUAAGUGAUCCCAAAGCAACAUACAUUGGGACUGAGCCAUGGAAACCAAAGGAGGCUCUGGAAGAAAAUGGUCUAAUUACAGACAAGUCAGACAUCUUUGCCUAUGGCCUCACAUUAUGGGAAAUGAUGACCCUUUCUAUGCCUCAUGUAAAUAUUUCUGAAGAUUCUUUUGAUAGUUUGGAUGAUGAAGACAGUUUUGAUGAGGAUGCUUAUUAUGCAGCUUUGGGAACAAGACCUGCACUCAACAUGGAAGAACUAGAUGAUUCCUACAGGCAGGCUAUUGAGCUGUUCCUCGUUUGUACAAAUGAAGAUCUUAAAAAACGCCCCUCUGCUGCACAGAUAGUGGAGGAAUUGGAGAAAACAACCACUGAAAUGAAGAAAUGAAGUUUACUGUAAAAUGUUUUGUUCAACCUCUCUUGGUGUUCCUUUUGACUUUAAUUUUUAUGUUCAUUAUUUGUACUGCAUUAAUCAGCUAUUAAAUUCUUAAUGUUA